GCCGCCGGCGGAAGUGAGGCGCGGGGCUCUGCCUGGGAUAACGGGAAGUGACGGGCGUGUCCCGGAAGUGCGGGGGUGCGCGGGCGGCUAGGCGGAUCCCGGCGGCGUUGUCACCGCAGCGCGGAGAGCGAACAGGGCCGUAUAACUCGCGUGUGUGAGGAUGGCGGAGCAGGAGCCGACAGCAGAGCAGCUGGCCCAGAUUGCAGCUGAGAAUGAGGAGGAUGAACACUCCGUCAACUAUAAGCCACCUGCCCAGAAGAGCAUCCAGGAGAUCCAGGAGCUGGACAAGGAUGAUGAGAGCCUGCGCAAGUACAAGGAGGCGCUGCUCGGUGCCGUCACUGUGACUGCCGAUCCCAACGCUCCAAAUGUGGUGGUGACCAAACUGACUUUGGUCUGUGCUACUGCUCCUGGCCCUCUGGAGCUGGACCUGACAGGUGACCUGGAGAGCUACAAGAAGCAAGCAUUUGUGCUGAAGGAGGGUGUGGAAUACCGAAUAAAAAUCUCCUUUAGGGUUAACAGGGAGAUUGUGUCAGGGUUGAAGUACAUUCAGCACACAUUCCGGAAAGGUGUGAAAAUUGACAAGACUGAAUACAUGGUUGGGAGCUAUGGCCCCCGAGCAGAGGAGUAUGAGUUUCUGACCCCCAUGGAAGAAGCCCCUAAGGGCAUGCUGGCGCGGGGCAGCUACAACAUCAAAUCCAAGUUCACAGAUGAUGAUAAGACUGACCACCUGUCCUGGGAGUGGAACCUGACCAUCAAGAAGGAUUGGAAGGACUAGCCCUUCCCAAGGCCAAACCCCAGAGAGCGUGAAUCAGACAGUGGCUACCGUAGAAAUCCCCCCCUGUACCAAAGUGCUGACAUUGGAACCCUCUUACCUUUCACCCCCCAUUAUAAUUUGACCAGAUUGCUCAGUUGUGUAAUGUGUCCCCUCCCCAGAGAAUUGCUGAGUGCAUUGACCAAACCGUGCUGUCUGCAUCUGGUCUCCAGCUGCCCGCCCCAGGGCCGUGCCAGGAUGCCCUCCCAACGCAGAGGUGGGAGCGCUCGCUCCCACCCCAGGCCCUUUGCUGCUUCUCACCUUCCUUUUCUCUGGCAGGUGCUGAAGGGGAGAGACUCCUGUGUUCUGCGUGGGGUCCUGUGCUUGGCUUUUCUGUGCACAGCUCAGGGUAGCUACUGUCUCCAAGUAGCUGAAGAACUUUGAUGCCAGGCAGCUAUUGAAUCCGUUUGUUGGCUAAAAUCAUGUCUGGCCUGCCUCUCUCCCACCCAGUCAGUGUCCUGGGAGUACUGGCAGCUUCAUUUGUGGAUGUUCCCUGUAACCAUGAUGCCUUAAUGUGUAACACGUAUCCUCUAGGGAGGGGGCCCUGCCCUUGUUACACUUUUUAAAUGCCACCCACCUUCCCCGUUUGUUGGCAUGGCACUCAUCUUGGUCACACCCCUCCAUGGGUUAUUAGGAAAGAUUCACAACUUCCCGCUUUGCUGCUGGUCCGUUCUUCACCCGAGACAGGACGUCUCCAGAGGGAAGGGUGGUGUGACAUCCCAGGUGAUGCCUGGCCACCCUUCCCGGUGUCCAGGGAGCUGGCGUGGCAGGACCUUGGCCCCCUUUGCAUAGGGCUCCAAACUCUCUGGCAGCCUCAGCACCUCUGAGGAAAAGAAGGGGCUGCAAGGCAGGUGGGUGCAGUAGUCACCGGUGUUGCCAUCACUUCACACUUCUUAUCGCAGCCAACGUAGCUGCAAAGCACUGAAAUUCCAGGACAGCACCUGCCCUCCUGGCUGUUUUGGGCUGAGGAUGGACUAGUCUGUUUCUGCAGCUGCUCUCCUGAGGCAAUCAACAAAGAGCUUGCAAUGGACAAGUAUUCAGAAGCGAUUAAUGCCUUAUGUAUCUGUUCUGCCUUUAAAAUCUGUGCCUGGCCUGUCAGUAUUUAUUGCCUUGACACUCGACUCCCCCUGCCCCGCUGUGCCCAUCGCAGACCCCCGCAGCAUGCCAGCCUGCCAGCCAGGGCUGCACUGACACGGCCCUCAGGGCAAAGGAGCCCUUGGGGCCCGUCAGCCCCUGAGGGCUGGGCAGGCAUGUUCCAGCUCCGCAGCCCUCUUAUCUGGAUCCUACCACAUUGAGGUCGUAUUAGAACUGGGACCAAGUACAUGUGGCUUUCUUGUAGCUACGUCUUUGCCUCUAACUCUCCCUUGCCCUGCCCCUAGAGAGGUUUUUGUUAAUUUGAUUUGGUGCAUAUUGUCUGUAAAUCCUAGACCCGGGUUAACAGGUUUGGAAUCAUCGUCUGCUUCUCCUUUUAUGACAGUUAAAUAAAAACUUCGAACUGAC